AUGAAGUCUGUGGUUAUUUUUGUAAUAUGUUUGAGUGUUUCUAUUCUCGCUGGAAAUGAUACCGGCUACCCGGCAGGCUUGAUGGCUGAAUGUCCUGGGAUGACAAAAAACACGACAUUAUCAGAGGAAACUAAGAAUUCAUUACGAGUGGUAGUGCUCUGUCCCGACAAGGGCUGGUUAGCCAGUAGAGAGGAGUCCUGUCCUUUAGACUAUAAGGGAGUAGCUUGCGUCUCAAAACAUAUCGAUUUGAAGAAGAAAACUCUGGUAUAUAUAAGCGGCUACCUGGACGCGUCAUUUUCACCUAUAGUCCGAGCUCUCACAAUACCUUACCUGGAGCGUGGACGUAAUGUUAUUAUUAUGGAGAUAUAUCCCAUUCUUCACCGGUCCUAUCCUAUCGCAGCCCGUCUCACGAAACCGCUGGGUUAUUUAUUGGGAGAGUUCCUCUCUCAUCUUACCCACAAAGGUUUAUCGCAUACUAAACUUGAACUGCUCGGUGGAAGUUUGGGAGCGCACAUAGCUUAUUAUGCGGCUACGAAAUACUAUGAGUUAACACACUACAAACCAACAAGACUUACAGGCAAGUUAUACAUAAGUUUAGACCCAGCAGGUCCAUGUUUCCGUUCCUUACCUCCUCGUGAUCGCUUUCAUUCUGACGGCGCCCUCAAAGUAGAUGCCAUUCACACUAACAUCGAUGGUUUCGGUAUACCGGACCCAGUUGGUCAUGUCGAUUUUUAUGUUAACGGUGGUGAAUUCCAACCGUCUAUGGUCUCAGAUUAUCUGCUGCCUUGCUUUCAACUGUGCAGUCAUGUACGUUCAGCUAUAUACUGGCUCAUAGCGAGUUACGAGAAACAUCAAUUUGUCGGUGUCAAAUGUAACUCAGUCGCUGAAGCGCGGCACGGAAAAUGUUACUAUAGAAGUGUUGACACUAAUGUUUUGGGACCAAAGACAAACUUCAGCCGUCCCGGAAUUUAUUAUCUUCCUACGACAGAAAACAAACCUUUUUACAUGGGCAAAGAAGGUCUCAAGAAGAGAAAAUACGAUGUUAAUCAUUAUUUACUGCAAGUUUCCCCAGAGAAGGAUAUGAUUAUUUGA